AUGGACCAGCUGGACCUGCUGGGGUUCCUCGUCAUCACCCUAAACUGCAACGUGACCAUGGUGGGGAAGAUCUGGCUUAUCUUCAUGGUGCUGCUGAGGAUGGGGGUGCUCAUCCUGGCCGGGUCGCCGGUCUACCAGGAUGAGCAGGAGAGGUUCGUGUGCAAUACUCUGCAGCCCGGAUGCGCCAACGUUUGCUACGACAUCUUCGCCCCCGUGUCCCACCUGCGGUUCUGGCUGAUCCAGAGCGUGUCUGUUCUGCUUCCAUCCGCCGUCUUCAGCGUCUACGUGCUGCACAAAGGAGCCGAGCUGGCGGCACGUGGAUCCCGCUGGCUGGAUGAUGACUCGGAGGACCACGACGGCCCUGGACUGACCCCGGGGGCCAGGCGCUGCCUGACGGUGCCGGACUUCUCCUCGGGCUACGUGGUCCACCUCUGCCUCCGGACCCUGACGGAGGCAGCUUUCGGUGCCCUGCAUUACCUCCUCUUCGGAUUCUUGGUCCCCAAGAGAUUCUCGUGCACGCACCCUCCUUGCACCAGCGUGGUGGACUGUUACGUCUCUCGGCCCACGGAGAAGUCCAUCCUGAUGCUUUUCGUCUGGGCGGUCUGCGCGCUGUCCUUGUUGCUCAGUGUCGCCGACCUGGUCUGCAGCGUGCGCUGGGAGACGCGCAGGCGACACGGCGGGGCCCAGAGGAGGCCGUGUCAAGGGGCGGGGAGUGCGGCGCGGGAGGGACACGGGGCGCCCGAGGGACGUGGGGCGCGCGCUCGCCGGGGCCUGCGGACUGGAGGGCAGGGCGCGUACAGCCCCGCAGCGGAGCCCACUGAGCCGGGGCACCCAGAUCUGCCAGGAGAGGACGAGAGCGACGCGCUGUCCUCAGCCAGCGACCAGCCGCGCGGGGCCGGGCCGGGAGCGGCGGCCCCGGGGUGGGAGGAGCGGCCCUGCGCGCCAAGCGCCGCGCUCCCGGGCCCCAGCAAGUCCGAGUGGGUGUGA